AUGGCACUGUUCUGGAUGCCCCUGCUGCUAGUGGCCGUUUGUGGCUCAACAAAGGUGGACUCCAGCAUUUCCAACAUCAACAUUGCCCGGUAUGUGUACAUCCCGGAGGAAGGGAACCUGAUGGUGUUGACUCCUGUUGGCCUGACACAGGAGCUCAACCAAACACGCUUCCUGAUGGUGCUUUUCCAUGACCCAUCCUCGAAGCAGUCCAGGAACCUGGCUAAGGAGCUUGGGAAAGCUGUGGAGAUCAUGGGUAAGGGCAAGAAUGGACUGGGCUUUGGCAAGGUGGACAUCACCGUGGAGAAGGAACUUAAGCAGGAGUUUGACAUUAAGAAGGCCCCGGAUUUGAAGCUGUUCUUUGAGGGCAAUAGGUCGGAGCCCAUCAGCUGCGAAGGAGUGGUUGAAUCCGCUGCUCUGGUGGUUUGGUUGAGAAGACAAAUUAGCGGGAAAGCAUUUUUGUUCAAUAACAGUCAGGAGUUGGCAGACUGUGUGAAAUCCAGGCCAUUGGUCAUCAUUGGCUUCUUCCAGGAUUUAGAAGAGGAAGUAGCAGAACUGUUCUACAACACAAUCAAAGACUUCCCUGAGCUAACAUUUGGAGCUAUAGCAAUCAGAAAUUCCUUUGGACGUUACCAUGUAGUUCUUGACAGUGUCCUGGUGUUUAAAAAGGGGAAAAUUGUGAAACGUCAAGAGCUCAUCAAUGAGAGCACCAACAAACAUGACCUCAACUGGAUCAUAAAGCAGCACCUCACAAAUUUUGUGAUAGAGUACAAUGUAGAGAACAAGGAUCUGAUUUAUGAGUUACGCAUCCUUAAUCACAUGCUGCUCUUUAUCUCCAAAAGCUCCCCGUCAUCUGGCAUCAUCAUUCAGCAUUAUAGAUUGGCAUUAAAGGACUUCCAAGACAAGAUCCUUUUGAUCCUUAUUAAUGCAGAUGAGCCCAGAAACAGACAUGUCUUUAAGUACUUCCGGAUCACAGAGGUCAAUGUUCCCUCUGUUCAAAUCCUAAAUUUAACCUCUGAUGCCAGGUACAAAAUGCCUACAGAUGAGAUAACCUAUGAAAACCUCAAGAAAUUUGGCAAAAGCUUCCUGAGAGGAAGUGCCAAGAAACACGAAUCCAGUGAAGCGAUCUCAGAACACUGGGACCAAGGGCCAGUUAAGCAGCUUGUGGGGAAUAACUUCAAUUUGGUUGUCUUUGACCAGGAAAAAGAUGUAUUUGUGUUGUUCUAUGCACCUUGGUCUGAGAAGUGCAGGCUGCUAUUCCCAGUGCUGGAAGAGGUGGGCAUCAAGUAUCAAAACCACUCCACGGUCUUCAUUGCCAAGAUUGACGUAACAGCAAAUGACAUUCAGCUGGAAAACUGGGAGCACUACCCAUUCUUCAGAUUUUUCCCCACUGACUCUCAAGAGGCUGUCCUGUACAAAGGAGAACAUACUGUGCAGGGUAUUACUGAAUUCCUGGAAAGCCAAGUCAAGAUUAGGACAGAGGAUGAGUUAUUCCCCGCUGAGCAAACUGAAGAGAUAGAAGAAGAAAUAUUUGCUGAUGAAAAUCAGGUACCUUUUAUGGAGAAGCUACCUGAGGAGAAAGUGCUCAAACUGGACAAUAUGACUGAACAAGACAGGCCAGUGAGAGAACUGGCUGAGCUGGAGAACAUAACUGAACAGAAAGAGCCAGUGGGAGAGUUGCUUAAGGAAACAGCUGAGAAGGAGGAGGAGGCCAAGCCUAAGCAACCUGCAAGGCCAGAGAAGAAACCAAAAGCCAAGGAAGAACUUUAG